AGUCUUAAGUUACGGCUGAUGUUGCCGCUCUUCUCUUGACGGUGUCUCUGAUUGAACAGGACUGACACUGUUAGUCUACCUGUAAUACCAAGAGUGGAUUAUUAUUUAGUGUUUUAGAUACUAUCCAGUCUUGGUAAUACUGUAAUACUGGGAAGGACUGGAAAACAUGACAAGGUAGCAGUUAUCAAUGGUUUCUCCUAUACUGAUGAUUUUGUAUACUUGCGUCAGAGGCCGUCACUAUGCAUAUUGUCAUGUCAGAAUUAUCACGUGCCAUGGUGGGAGGAGUAUCAAGUGUCGUGUCUUCUUUUUUGUUGAAAAGAAAAGGAUUCUUCGUUGAAAUGUCUUCACGCAGUUCACGGUGUUGGAUUUCAUUUCUGGAUUCUGGAGUCGGGCGGGUCAUAGACAAAGGGAGAGAAGAGUUCAUGAAUCUUAAAGACUUUGCUGAGCAGAAGCUUCUAAAAUGGCGUGUUAAUGCCAUAUUGUCUAACAGAGGCUGGUGCUUUUUGAUUGCCUUGGAUUUAGCUGACAGGGUCAUUGACAAGCUGGAGUAUUGUGUUGUGUCCACUGGAGAUAGAGCUGAUGAAUUUAUUGACCAUCUGUGCAAUGAGCUUACUGAUCACCGCUGAAUUUAAUUGAAAAUAUCACAUGUAACAGUUUUUUAUGUAUCAGCUCACUUCUAUUACAAAUUUGUACGUGUGUAUGUUAACUAACUUAAGUAUUAUCAUAUUGUAAAAGAAGUAUUGUCAAUGUGAAUGUCUUGCAAGU